GAGGAAAUAGCUUCUUUUUUUCUUUUCUUUUUUUUUUGGUUCUGUUUCAACCCACUUGUUUAGUUUCUUGAUUCUUCUGUCUUCUAUUUUUAAAUCACUCUGUUUCCUGUUCUUUGUCUACUAGGGUUUGGGUUGUAAAAUUUGUAACUGUAGUAUCUCUGUUUUGGUAAACCUAGUUUGGGGUUUAAUAUACUGUUGUGUUGAAUCAAGCUAUUUGAUUUUUUUUUUUUUUUUAAAUAAGCUCAAAGUGUUCUUAGGAUCAUAUACUUUUUAGGGGUUUGAGUGUAUUUGAAGUAGAUACUCACAUAUACGCUAUCCCUUUGUUGUAUAGAUUAAAGUGGUUUGGUGUUUGAGUUUGGUUUUUUCAGUUACAAAUUAUGAUCACAAAGCUGGAGUUUUAUAAAAUUUUGUCAAUUUCAGGUGUCUUGAGCUGCCAUACACUCACUGAUCUUCAAACUGUCUCGAAAACUUUAUAAUACUAAAGAUCAAUGGGUUGUUGUUGUUGUCUACCGAGUAUACCCGAAAACUCUAGAACUAUAGAUGAGCAUGUUCCCUUAUCUCUUGCGCCGCCUUCCUCUCUCUCUAAUACAUACACUUCACCGCUUUCUCCGCCUAUACCUCUAGCCUUCUCGAAUAGAAAUCUUCAAACUACGCCACAGAAAUUACCAAUAGUUCAGAGCAAUUCGAGCGGAGUAGCCCCUGGAAUCACACAGGUUGUUCCAGAGAAGCAAACUUGGCCUGUUGAUGAUUUUGAUCUAAAGAAAAAGGAUCGAGAAACAAUCGAUGAGUGUCCAAUUUGCUUAGAAGAAUAUGAUAUUGAAAACCCGAAACUGCUCACUAAAUGUGGCCACGAUUUUCACCUCGCAUGCAUUCUUGAUUGGAUGGAAAGAAGCGAGGCGUGUCCUGUUUGCGACAAGGAAUUGAUACUCCCUGAAUCAUAAUCAGAGAGCACGGAACAACAAGUGCGACAAAAUGGUACAAAAGAUUUGAUUAAACUUGCAUCAUUAGGAGUUAGCUUGGUGGUAUGAUGAACAUUCAUUGUUGCUCUUGCAACAUUAUUCACAAGCUUUGUGUUCUUUUUAUUGCUUUUUUCUUCUUUAUGUAGAAAUUAUAUUUUGAUUGUUUGAUAUUCUUUGAAAAAACUCUAUAUUCACGAGUUUUGUCCUCAACCUGAAUUACUUCAAAGGAAAAAGUUAAAAGUGCA